AUGUAUGGUCGAACACCAAUAUUACCGCUUGAUUACCAAGAAAAUGAUGUUACAAUUUCACAUGAUAGCGAACACGAGAAAAAACUUAAUCAGUUUUUAACAAAAUUAAAUAAACAAGCAAGAAUUAAUAUUAUUAAAAAUCAAGAACGAUAUAAACAACGUUAUGGUACCAAUCGUUCCGAUCCAUCAUACAAUGUUGGUGAUCUCAUUCUCGUUAAAACACUCAACAUUCAUUCAAAAUUCAAUGCUCGUUAUGAAGGACCAUUCAGAAUUAUAGAAAAUCUUAUACCAAAAACAUUUAUUGUACAACACAUCAAGAAACCAACAUUACACCGUCAAGUUACAACUGAUGUGUUACUUCCAAUUUGUGAACAACAUUAUUAUGCUUUAAAUUAUCCACCAUUUGAACCAUCAUCUUAUGAAUUAAUUUUUAUUAAUUAUAGAACAAUAGAAGAAACAUUAAUUCAAUUAAUUAAAAUUAUUAAUUCAUCUACAUUAUUUAUCAUGGAUACAGAAUCUGUAUGUGCAUACAAAAAACCCAAUAAACCAGCACUUAUUCAAGUACAAAUCAUCACACAUCAAUUAAAUUCAUACAUAUUAAUUAUUGAAGCAUAUCAUCUUCCAAGACCACAUGUAUCAACUUUUACAUUAAUUCAACAACUAUUCGAAUCAUUAUUUCAAACAUAA